AGUUUGUUGUACAGUGUCAUAGAACCUCUUAUUUCAUUUUAUGAAUUCGUGUCGAGUGGUUAUCGUGGCCAAAAAGGUGUUGAAUUUUAUUAUUAUUAAUUUGUUCUAUCACUGGAACAGUGUGUACCAUUUAUUUACUUUUUAAACAUUUUUUCCGCUCAUCAAAAAUUGUAUCAUUUUAUUGAUAUAAUAAUAAUUAAAAAAAAAACACUAAAGCAAGCAAAAAAAGAAAUAAAUCACCAACGGAAGUUUAUCAAAAGAAAUCCUGAAGACAAACUGGACUGCGAACAAUUUGUAAGCACACAAAUGGCCAAAAACCUGAACAAAACUCUGGCGAUCGCAUCGAAUCAAAUUUAUAUGUAAACACACACUCAAAAACAAGCAAACGAAUUCUUAUUUUCGAAAUACCAUUCACGUGAUACACAACAAACGACAGAAAAUAAAUCAGCAUUUUGAUUUGUAAUUCAUAAAUGUGACCUGAACAAAAUUAAUUUUUGUGAUUUUUGUGCACGGCUUGGAAUAAUGGCUGGAUGAAAUAAACCGCGCGAAAAAAAAAAUAGAUAGAGAGAAAGCGAAAAAAAAGAUCAAGACAUUGAAUAAAGUUACGGCCACAAAUGAUGCCAUUGGUGUAUUAAUCCGUUAAGUGUGCGUGUAUAAACUUUUAAAUAUUAAUUUCAGUUCAAUGUUCUGUGUACGAAUAUUUCACGGGUUUCGUUUCUGAAAAACAAGAACUGUUGCAAUCCGUAACAAGCAAAUAUACUCGCAUAUUAUUCCAUUUUCGAAAAUCGAAAUGAUUUGAAUUGUAAGCGUGCACAAACUAAAAUCAAAAAAAUAAGUGUAAAAUAUCAGCAAUUUAUGCAAUAAACCUUACGCAAUCCUACAAAAUACUUUGAUCCAAGAAGCGUUUUUACCGUUUCUUUUUUUGUUUUAUUUGGUGCGAUAGUAUUUUUUUGAUCGCAUCGAUUUGAAGACAAACGAAAUGCUAAUGAUCGACCAUCAGUGUGAUUGUUUAUGAUCAGAAAUUGACUCAUAUAUUUAAAAAAAAAAAACAGCCAAAAAAAAAUAAGAUAGAAAAGAAAAACUGUAUGCAAAAGAAGAGGAAGAACUCAUUCAAGAAUAACAAGAAACUUAUUAGCGAUUGAAUUGCUAUCGACACAACACCACGCUGAACGCUUUUUACAUAGAAAGAAACGCAUGUCAACUAUACUGGCAAUCAAUUCUGGAACCUUUACGGAGGAUCCUCAGGAGCACAAUCUUCUUCAAGAUUUAAAUGGCGUUGAUUUCGUUAUGAGCUUAUCGCCAAAAUCGUCGAACAGUCAUAAUUUAGCUAGUUUACAACACUUACAAAGUCUACAUCACCAAAACGCAUUGCAUAACCAUUCGACGCCAUUCAGCGUUACCGACAUACUCAGUCCAAUCGAAGAAUCGUACCGUAAAUUGGAAUUAAGUAGCACGAAUCCGCCGUCGCCUUACAGGUUCGUUCAUUUUGAAUCAAAUUCAAGUGGUAGUAGUGUAAAUUCGCCAAGUGCUUUAGGAAACAGUUCCAGUAUGGCAAAUCCAUAUGCAAUGACUCCACUUUAUCACAGUCCAGGUGUUCAAAGCUACUGUGGACCAUCUGAUAACUUAUCCCUAGCCGGUCAUUACACAGAUAUGCGCAGUUCGGCUGGAUGGUAUGGAUCGACAGCAAACGAUCCACGAUUUGCAAUAUCACGAUUGAUGGGUGGCUCAGCAAGCGGAUCGAUGGGUCAUAUGGGUAAUAUGGGUGGUUUGGCUGCUUGUAGCGUCUCUGAUACAAAACCAAUGCAAUUCCCUUUGGCACAAAGACGAAAAAGGCGUGUACUAUUUACUCAAGCUCAGGUUUAUGAAUUAGAGAGACGUUUCAAACAGCAAAAGUACCUUUCAGCGCCGGAACGUGAGCAUUUGGCGAGCGUCAUCCAUCUAACACCAACACAGGUGAAAAUUUGGUUUCAAAAUCAUCGAUACAAAUGCAAACGCCAGGCCAAGGAGAAAGCAAUGGCUGAACAAAACCAACAUAAUCAGUCAGCCAGUUCACCUCGACGUGUUGCCGUACCCGUAUUAGUUAAAGAUGGUAAACCGUGUUCGAACAAUUCGAACAAUAGUAGCCAACCAGCGCAGGCACCGAAUCAACAAAAUCAACAUCAACAACAGCAACAAGCCCAGCAACAGCAGCAACAAUUGAACAGUAAUACCACACCGUCGAACAAUAACAAUGUAAUCGUUGUUGGCGAUGUAUCCAACACACUAACACAUUCACCCGAUACAUCAUCGACCUUAUUGUCCAGCUACAAUGGUGUUCAGCAUUCGCAAAUGUUGCAACAACCUUGCAACAAUUCAUUGAUGUCGAGCAGCUUAGCGAUGGCAUAUCGAAAUCAAAAUAAUUUCAUGGGAAAUAGCCACCAACAACAAUGCGGCAGUUACAUACCCAUGCAGGGACGAGCUUGGUAACUUUAAAUUUUUACUUUAACACAAACACAAAAUAAAUAAACGAAAAGAGAGUAAGAGAAAGAGACAGAGAGACAGAGAGACAGAGAGAGAGAGAGA